AUGGAGACGGUAAUAGUACCAGAUGAUAAUGAUAAUAACGAAGGCCAUGAUAAUGAACGUGAUAACAAUAGUUUCACGGAUUCGAUGACAAAAUCAUGGAUUAUGAUUAUGAGCAAUAUAAACCUUAAUGACAGUGAAACAAAACAGUAA